CACAGAGAUAAUGUAAUGUUUCUCAAAAUAGCCGCUGCAUAAGAAUAACAGUGCAUGAAAAAUGAAUUUAUUUAUUUUGAUUAUGACUAUUUAUUUAUUAUUGUUUUAACUAUUUGGUUGUUUUAAUUCUUUGUUAUGUAUUUGUAGACAUUUUGUGUUAUUUCUGAAAAAAUAUUUCUGUCUUAUAUUUCUAAUUUUCAUUCAUUCAUUAACCUUAUCUGCUUAUCCGCACUCCGGUUGCGGAGGGCUGGAGCCGAUCCCAGCUGACAUUGGGGGAGAGGCGGGUUACACCCUGGACCGGUCCCCGGACUAUCGCAGGGCUUAUAUAAUAUAGAUAAAUAAAUAUAAUUUAUGAUAAGAACACUUUAAACCGUCGUACUUCCUCUGACACGCAUCCUUUUUGUCCUCACAGCUCGCCACGGCGUUUGACGCUCUAAAGGGCAUCGGGCUGAUUCACACUGACUUGAAACUCGACAACAUAAUGAUGGUGGAUCACACGAAACGACCUUUCAGGGUCAAACUCAUCGACUUCGGCCUGACCAUGCACCGGUCAAAGACCAAGCAGGGGUGGACCAUGCAGGUGGUUCCUUACAGGGCUCUAGAAAUAAUGUUGGGCCUCCCGUUCUCUGAGGCCAUCGACAUGUGGUCGCUGGGUUGCGUGAUGGCCGUUCUGCUUUACGGCAAGGAGCUCUUCUCAGCAGACACCGAGUAUGAAGCACUGCAUGAAAUCACUGCUCUCCUGGGUGUACCACCGGACCAUCUACUUGAAAAGGGACGUAAGACUGGGAAAUAUUUCACCAAGUCUGAGUGCAACACCUGGAGACUGAAGACCCAUCAGGAGUAUUGGGGGGGACACGCAAACUCUCAUCCACAGUACCAGCCAAAGGUGCACUUCAGUCUGGACGACCUCAGGAGGGCGCAUCUGACGAGUAUUGACGAGUGCGAGGACCUGCGGACAGGAUGGGCCGUCGACCUACUAGAGGCCAUGCUGAGCCUGGACGAGGCCAAGAGGAUCACUCCCAGUGAAAUACUGACUCAUCCGUUUAUCACCAGCGGAAUAUACAGCCACCUAAUCAAGAAGAAGAGGAAGACACAGAGAACCACACAGGAUCAAACAGAGGUUCCAGCAGGUGUGAUCCUGGUCCGUCCUGCAGCAGCUGAAAACAGGCAGCUGCAGGACGGACCAGGUGGGAUACUCCCAAAGGAGGACCUUCCAGCAGGUGGUAUUCUUAAGGAGAACAUUCCAGCAGGUGGUAUUCUUAAGGAGAACAUUCCAGUAGGUGUGAUCCUGGUCCGUCCUGCAGCAGCUGAAAACAGGCUGCCGCAGGACGGACCAGGUGGGAUACUACUUGAGGAGAACAUCAGAUUGCACAAGACUUACUGUGUGACAGUGACUGACACGGGGACUACAGACAUGACAGCCAGGACAACAUCUCCCACAGACAUUCCACCAGGUGUGAUCCUGGUUCGGCCCGCUGCAGCCGAGAACACGCUGCAGCUGGAUGACGAGGAGAGAGCAGACAGAUUGCCAGUUGGGCUGCACAAGACUUUCUCUGUGAAAGUGACAGACACGGGGACUACAGACAUGACGGCCAUGACAACAUCUCCCACAGACAUUCCACCAGGUGUGAUCCUGGUUUCGCCCGCUGCAGCCGAGAACACGCUGCAGCUGGAUGACGAGGAGAGAGCAGACAGAUUGCCGGUUGGACUUUACACAACCUACUCUGUGAAAGUGCCGGACAGAGACACAAUGGACAGAGUUACGACAGACAGAGACAAAACGGACAGGACACAUGACGGUGCCAGGACCCAGAAGAAGUCAGAGCAGAAGAAGAAGAAGAAGAACUGCAUCCGUCGACUCUUCUCCUGGAUGAAGAAGACCUUCUGCCCCUGCUGCACCGCCACCAUCCACCCGUAUGACCAGGACAACUAAGACAGAGAGGGACACAAGUGAAGCUCUGUGGAGGUUUUUAACUAAAAACCUCCACAGAGCUUCAGCAGGGCAGCACUAUGGGCACGGCAGGAGGUGCUGACCCUCCUCCUCCUGUCUGUGGAGAAUCUUUUCUCUCCCAAUGACUACAUGGGUUUUCUCCGGGUACUCCGGUUUCCUCCCACACUCCCAAUACAUUUUACACUCCACUAUGCCAAAAAAAAAAACUGCAAAAUUGCAAAAACUUUAAGACAGACACGACGGACAGAGACACGACGGACAGAGACACGACGGACAGAGACAUGAUGGACAGGACACAUGACAGCGCCAGCACCUAGAAGAAGUCGGAGCAGAAGAAGAAGAAGAACUGCAUCCGUCGACUCCUCCUGGAUGAAGAAGACCUUCGGCUCCUGCUACACCAUCCACCCGUAUGACCAAGAUGACCAAGAUGACUAAGACGACGAGGGACACAAGUGAAGCUCUGAGGUUUUUAACUUAAAACCUCCACUAAGUUUUUUCGUUAAAAACCUCCACAGAGCUUCAACAGGGCAGCACUAUGGGCACGGAAGGAGGUGCUCACCCUCCUCCUCCUGUCUGUGGAGAAUCUUUUCUCUCCCGGUGACUGCGUGGGUUUACUCCGGGUACUCCGGUUUCCUCCCACACUCCUAAUAAAUUUUACACUCUGAAC